CUUUUAUUACAUACUGUUGCAACCAGAUAUUAAUGUCUCGGCGAUUUUACAGAACUGGCUGGUUGUCACACGUGGAUGAUCCUGGCUGCGACCCGGCAGAUCGUUCGGGAGUCUCCGGAGAUAAUCCGCUGCCGCUCGGGAAAGAUCGCAAAGCUGAAGUGCGCACCGUGUUGUGGAACGUUACGAUAACUGUAAAGUGCAGAGUGUUCCCAUAUGGUCAAUGUAGCAUGGCUUUAGACCGUAUUUAGUAAGGAUAAUUAAGACUGCAACGAAGAACUGAACGUCAUAAGGACAUAUAAAACUGGAUACGUAUAAGAUGUGGGGUUUCAGCUUCAGGUGGCAAUGUCUGUCACAGCACAUUGCUGCUCUAGUUCUCUUAGUUGCUUGGAUACAGUUACCCCGAGGCAGUGCAAUGAGUGACGUUCAUGGAGGGGUAAAAAUGGGUGUUUCAAAUCAUGCGUGUGAUGAUGCCAAGGCAAACCUGACCAUUGAUGGUGACCCUCGUGUGAGCGGGACUGAGGCGGAGUUUCUGUGCCUAGAGGAGGAGUCUAUUCCUGUCAGACAGACACAAACACAGGCUUUUUGCCAACCUGUGGGGGACCAGGUAUGUGUACAGAACAUUCCCCUGCACAAGUGUAUGGAUCAAGUUAUCACCUAUAGAGACUCCCCACCCCUGAGCGGUGCACACAGACCACUUUGGCCAGUGUAUGGAGAAUACCUCUACCUGCCUGCUCAGAGAUGGUUACACUCGAUGGAGCAUGGCGCAAUAGUUUUACUGUAUCACCCAUGUGCAGACCCAGAGGAACUGGCUUGGCUGAAGUCCCUGGUUAGGGGCUGUAUACGCCGUCACAUCAUCACACCUUACAGGGGCCUCCCCACACAACAGCCGUUCGCUCUCCUGGCCUGGAGAUGUAAGCUAAGCCUGAGCUACGCCGAUACAGCUGCUGUGGAAAAGUUCAUCAAGGAGUUUGGAAUCAUGGCAGCACCAGAAAGCGGCGUUUACUCGGACGGGCAGUUUGACGUUGGACUGAUUUCCAAGGCAGAAAUAGUGUCUGAUGUACAGGAUUCUAACCUUUGUCCUCAGUAAUAAGGGACUUCCAGAGUGAGUGAGGAAUUGGGGGUUAAAGGGACUUCUGGAGAUCCAGCUAAAGUCAAUGAAGAAGGCAGUGGUGUCUGAUUCAGGAGACAAAGUAUAUGGACACAUAUUUAGACCAUAUAGUCUAUGGAUCUUUAACCAGACAAGCACUAACUUAAAUCUGAAACAUACAUGUAGGCGUUACGAGGUGUCCAUUUUGUUUUGAUUAUGUGAUACUGAAUUAUUUUUGGGUCAUGUGCUGAUACACACUUGUACACAAUGUGGGGGAUAUCAGGUUUAUCACAAUCCAAAGAAAUUAAGGAUAUUUUUGAGAUGGCGCUAUACAGUUGUGAAUGAAAGGACCUAAGUGCUGGCCCAUUGAAGGUUUCCAGUACUUGAAAUAUUUUUCCAGUACUUUAAGUAUAUAUCUCAUGGAGAAAGAAGGGAUACAGUUCAUGUUAGGUGAAAUCCCACUUCUCAAGGUGAAUUUUUUUCAUUAGGAUACAUGUAGGACUGACAUAUGAAUAUCUCUCUACCUGUUUCCACGCAAAUCUCAUUCUAAAGUGUGAUUUUACCUUUCAUGAAUUUCACACCCCGAAGCUCAAGCAGCUGAAUAUUCGUGGGUUCAAAUGUUCUGUUGCCAGGUUUUUUAGCAGCUUAAAAGGAUGGUCCAAACAUUGGUCACACUGCACUUUUAUCUUUUAUGAAUGUUGAGGAAUUUUUCAAUUUUCAAGCUGUUCAGUUUUAAUGGGUCAUGCUAGAAUUGCUACAUUUUUACACAGCAAGUACAAAUUUAUGUGUAAUCAGUACGGUUCUUGUAUGAUGAUGCAAAAUUACCAGCAAAGUUAUGGUAGUAGUUGUGUGAACUGUGGUUGUACUUCAUGUAAGAGGACACAAAACUGACAUAGGUAUGUUGCUGUCUCCGCACUUUUCUCAGAUUCUGACAUAUAAAACCAUCGUAGAGAGAUUAAUGUUGGGUGUAAUGAUUUAUAGAUCUGUGUGGUUUUUAACACUUUCUGCUUUCACCCAAGACAGAGCACAUCAGCCAUUUACAACUGGCCACAUUAUAUUACAUCACCUCUUCCGUAAGUCUUGAGUCAAAUGAUGUAAUGCCUGCAGACUAAAAUAGAAGCAAAUAAUUGUAGAUUUGUGAGAAAUAAUGUGGACUUUAACCAAUAGAGUGAUAUAACCACUCUGUUUAACACCAAUCAAAGAGACAAAUAAAUAUAGCGUGUCAGGAAUCAAACAUCUGAGUUUCUCAAACUGUGUGACGGUUUUCUUCAUUUGAUGGGGUUUAAUGAAAGCUUUAUUUUUGUUAAAAUAUUCCAUAUUCUCAUAAUUGAGUUUCUAUAAAAAUGCACGUAUAUUUUUGUUCUUCCUCUAGUUUUACAUCUUAGUUUUGGGAGACCAUUGUCUUGUAUAAUGAGUUUAAAGGCCACAGAGUAUAUGAGUGCCUGUUGCGAACCGGGAUGAUGACGGUGGUGGUAAUUUUACAGGUAAAACCAAAACAAUUUGCGGUAUUUUAAGAUGUAUUUCUGUGGGCUUUGUUUUUACACGUGGUUAUGUGUAAACAUUUGGUAUUGAGUAACUUAUUCUUCUAACAUUAAUGUAAUGUUGUGUUAUUAGAAUAAUAUUCUUUGCACAUAUACACUCAUUUGUGUGGUACAUGCAUGUUUAUGAACAUGUAAUUUAUGUACAUAUAUGUAUGUUUGUGUGGUAAAGAUAACAUGCAUAUUGUAAAGCUAUGGUUAAUACAAGACUGGCUACAUUGUUACAUACUUGUUACAUACUUGGUUUGUGUAUUGAGUCUUCUCUUAUUUGUGCCAGUCACACAAGGUACCGGCACAGCAUCGGCAUUGUGUUACUUGAUAUCUGGUGCAUUAUUACAUACUUGGUUUGUGUAUUGAGUCUUCUCUUAUUUGUGCUGGUCGUACAAGGGACCUGUACAGUAUCGGCAUUGUGUUACUUGAUAUCUGGUGCAUUAUUACAUACUUGGUUUGUGUAUUGAGUCUUCUCUUAUUUGUGCCGGUCACACAAGGUAACGGCACAGCAUCGGCAUUGUGUUACUUGAUAUCUGGUGCAUUAUUACAUACUUGGUUUGUGUAUUGAGUCUUCUCUUAUUUGUGCCGGUCGUACGAGGGACCUGUACAGUAUCGGCAUUGUGUUACUUGAUAUCUGGUGCAUUAUUACAUACUUGGUUUGUGUAUUGAGUCUUCUCUUAUUUGUGCCAGUCACACAAGGUAACGGCACAGCAUCGGCAUUGUGUUACUUGAUAUCUGGUGCAUUAUUACAUACUUGGUUUGUGUAUUGAGUCUUCUCUUAUUUGUGCCGGUCACACAAGGUACCGGUACAGCAUCGGCAUUGUGUUACUUGAUAUCUGGUGCAUUGUUACAUACUUGGUUUGUGUAUUGAGUCUUCUCUUAUUUGUGCCAGUCACACAAGGUACCGGUACAGCAUCGGCAUUGUGUUACUUGAUAUCUGGUGCAUUGUUACAUACUUGGUUUGUGUAUUGAGUCUUCUCUUAUUUGUGCCAGUCACACAAGGUACCGGUACAGCAUCGGCAUUGUGUUACUUGAUAUCUGGUGCAUUAUUACAUACUUGGUUUGUGUAUUGAGUCUUCUCUUAUUUGUGCCGGUCGUACGAGGGACCUGUACAGUGUCGGCAUUGUGCUACUUGAUAUCUGUUGCAUUAUUACAUACUUGGUUUGUGUAUUGAGUCUUCUCUUAUUUGUGCCAGUCACACAAGGUACCGGUACAGCAUCGGCAUUGUGUUACUUGAUAUCUGGUGCAUUGUUACAUACUUGGUUUGUGUAUUGAGUCUUCUCUUAUUUGUGCCAGUCACACAAGGUAACGGCACAGCAGCGGCAUUGUGUUACUUGAUAUCUGGUGCAUUAUUACAUACUUGGUUUGUGUAUUGAGUCUUCUCUUAUUUGUGCCGGUCGUACGAGGGACCUGUACAGUAUCGGCAUUGUGUGACUUGAUAUCUGUUGCAUUAUUACACACUUGGUUUGUGUAUUGAGUCUUCUCUUAUUUGUGCUGGUCGUACAAGGGACCUGUACAGUAUCGGCAUUGUGUGACUUGAUAUCUGGUGCAUUAACAUUCAUGGUACACAUGUCAGGUGUUCUCCUGUUACUUGUUUGUUUUAUGAUAUACAGUAUCAGUAUUGUAUUAGUCGAUAUCUGGUACAUUAUUAUUCUAUGUACAUGAAUCCACUGGUUUUGUAGAGCUUGUCUGUUUUAUAUGGUACAUUGUUGACUCUCUUGGUGGAUAGAUGCCUUGUGACACUUCUACCUAUUUGAUGUGGUACGGUAUUUUCGUUGAAGCACUUGUUAUCUGGAUAAUUUAUACUGCUACUACUGUACUGUGGUACAGUAAUCUUAUGUGGUACUGUACAUGUAUUGUGAUGCACUAAUCUACUGUGGUACUUUAAUCUAAUGGGGUGCUGUACUACAAUUACUGGUUUACACUAAUGCAAGAUGCUACUGUGCAAGUACUGUGGUACAUUAGUAUGAUGUGGUAUUGUACAAGUAUCGUGGUACACUAUUCUAAUGUGGUACCAUAUACGUAUUGUGUUACGCAAUUCUAAUGUGAUACUGUACUUGUAAGAUGGUACUGUACAAGUUUUGUGGUACACUAAUCUAAUGUGGUAUUGCACUAGUACUGUGGUACAUUAAUAUAAUGUGGCACUGUACAAGUAUUGUGAUACACUAAUCUAAUGUGGUACUGUACAUGUAUUGUGAUAUACAAAUCUAAUGUGAUACUGUACAUGUACUACGGUACACUAACCUAAUGUGGUACUGUACAGGUAUUCUGGUACACUGUUCUAAUGUGGUAUUGUUGAAGUAUUGUGAUACUGUACAUGUACUGUAGUACACUAAU